GUUUCUCAGCAGCAUCUUGGAUUGCUGCCACUCUGGGGCUCUUGCGUUUUGCUGUCGGCGUUGAUCAAUCCGCAUCUCUGUUCGUUCCGCCUUCUGCUCAGUCCAGUCACACUUCCCCUCUUUGUCAGAUUCCAGCCUCAACUCUAUUGAAUGCUGUGAUGCGUACGCGCUCGCUUGUCUGUGAGCAUGGCGGUCGAUCGCCAUCGUUAUGCUUCUGUCUUUGUCAAAGCCGCCUCCUGUUGUUGGUCUGUGCCGCGCUGCUCGUGACCGUGGCCAUGCUCCCAGCCCAACACGCACAUGCUACAACCGCGUCUUUGCCACAGUCGACGCCAACCGGCGACAGGUUGUUGGAUCGGACUGACCCAUCUACGACCGCCGCGAACGCAGACCCGCUCAGCCUCGUCGACUUUGACGAAGCUGCCGCCCUCGAGCGCUUGCAGGCCGACAGUUCAGUCAAUGGCCAGGAUCCGCUUGCAACGGCGCGCGUCAAGAUGCUCAAUCCGGACAAGGCCAUCGCGCAAACCACCAUGACGCUGCAGCUCGCCUCCGCUCCCCGGCACCAGGAGGCAUUUGCAAAGUUAGUGCAGCGGGAGCUACAAAGACACGUGCUCGAUGGCAUUGCUUCGGUGUCGAACUCGCAGGGCUUUACUGCACAACUUUGCUCGCCCGUCAAGAUUGCGGUGCUGGUUGUCGAUCGGAACCGCGAUUCUCGCUCAGAGCAGUCGCCUGUCGACAGCCGCGCGCUCGAAGAGCCAGGUGCGGCCUAUUCAUGGUCGGCUGGACACCCAGACGAGACCCGGACAAUCCUAGAUACGAGCGAUGCGCUUGAGGGCGUCGCUGUUCUCCAACUCACCACUUUUGUGCGCCUGGCAUUUCCAUCAGACUCGCGUGACGGAGGAGGAUGCCUGCGGCUGGCAUUUUCCCUUCAACCGCGAAUGGACGCUGGUCGACUAAACCUCGUCAUGCACUCUGUUCAACUCCAACCGUCCACCUGCAGCGAAUGCCCCAAAGCUGAGCCGGAGGUGGAUUGGAGUCUCCAGCCUUACUCGAACGCUUUGCAUGCACUUGCCACUGCUGCUAGGGCAGAAAACAUCUCCAGAUUGGCCAAUACUCUUCUCCAGAACUGGCUUGGGCACGAUGCUCUCCCGCACGCUGUAUCGCUUGCGUUGGCCGGAGUUGGCCCGAUCGCUGCUCCUCACGGCCAACUGCCACCAUCAUGGAAUGCGUGGAUUGAGCCUGGACCGCCUCGACUCGUCCUAGAGUGGCGGGAAAGUCGACCAGACCUUCCAUUGCUCGGCGACGGUACGGAGCUCUUCAUCCAGCACUUUGCGCAACUGUCUGUGAUUGAUGUGCAAGUUCCGUGUGUUCGCAUCGCCGAACUAGUCCAAUCGUUUCUUCGGAAGGAAGUGAAGGAAGUGUUUGCCGACGCGACUGGACGCGUGCAAAUGUCCCAGGUUCGUGUUGGCUGCGCGGACCAGUUUAACGUCGACGAUCCUCGAAUCUCGCUCACGCUGGAAGCCACCCUCGCGAUGGCACGGCGCGCUGAUGCCCAGUCCCCGUGGGUGAAUGUGAAUGUCGACAUCCGCGCCUUCAUCAACAUUCCCGGGUCUCUGCAAACCGUUGUGAGUCACCUCACCUUCUUGCGGCCCGUACCGAGUGGCACGAACGCGCCACGAGGCCCUGGCGCACAGGACGGCGAUUGGACAGCACAGGCGACCGAGGCCGCCAAGCUCUUUCGCGAGGACAUCCGCACUCGCCUCCAACUCGCGUUACGCGAAUUUGCUACUCUUGAUCGGGUUCUAGCCCACGUACGCCAACAACUGGCUUUUCCACCGCAAUAUCGUCUCGAAGUGCACAACGUGUACACGCAUCGGAUUGAUCAGAGCACAGUGGGAGCGACCUUGACAAUCACUCACCCGUUCUCGGCGCUCGAACGAACACUCGCUCAGUUCCUUGCACCAUGACCGCAGAUGACCGCAAAGCUUUUGAUACCAAUGGCAAGAGAGUCACCAUCGCAUUUAUUGUUGUUUCAUGGCGGAGUUGUGAUUGUGCAGAAUUUUCAAUGUUAAAUACAACGAUUACAAAAUGAUA